CGCAAUGCUUUUUUCAUUUUUAACUUCUUAGUAACCUGAAAAAGUAACUCGUGAAUUUUGGUUUACCCCAAAAUGCAGGUUUUACUUGGGGGGGUAAUAGUGUGCUUCAAGUGAUAGAGGAUUUUGAUUUAGGUUCAUCUUUUCCGAUAUUCAUCUAAUGGCACCCUGCCGAUAUUCCUCUGCUUCCUUGCAUUUGCAAAACAGGCACUCGCCCUCUGACUGCUCUCCACAAUUUCCAUUGCAAAAAAUGUCGAGGUUUGAUUAUCCAACACUCCCUCGACAAGACAUCAUCGCUGUAUUAGCUGAUAAUCAAAUAGCCUCCAUCUCCGACGAGGAUCUCCUCAAACCCACUGCCGACUUUGUCUCCAACCUCUACUCCAGCAUUCUUCUCUAUAUCAACACUUUCCAGGAUGAUCAUGACCAAGUGGAUUUUUUGGCUCUGGAGCAGCUUGAGAACCCCGAUCUUCAUGUUGACUCUUCUCGGGCCAUGAAUUUGUUUCAUAAGAUAAGGGAGAUGUUGGCUGCUUUGGAGUGUCCCGAGAUAUUUACUCUCAGGGAUUUGAUCAAGCCUGAGCCUGAUCGCACCAGGUUCUUCGUCGGAGCCAUCCUCAAUUUUUGUCUUCACAGAGACACUAAGUUAAAUGCUAUAAGACCGAUUGUGGAAGAUCUGACUCUCAUCGAUGAACAACGGCUAUCUUUGGAGGCUAGAAUAUCUCAGUUAAACGAAGAGAUUGCAGAACAACAUGAAUCAAGAGAAAGGGAGAUGCCUCUGGUUCAAGAAAUAGAUUCUAAUGUUAAGGAACUGAGGCAAACAAUUUCUGGUCUUAACAAUCACCAGAUGUCCUUGAAGGCCUCAAUAAGAAAACUUAAGGAGAGGGCUAAAGAGAUGGAUGAGAAGAUUUCUAGUGCAGACUUUGCAUUGGUACAAGCAGUUCAGGACAAUGCCAAUUUACGUUCUAAGAUUGUCCAAUCACCGGAUAAGCUUCAGAGAGCACUGGAGGAAAAGAAAUCAUUUCAAGUUGAGACGAGGAAUGCUGAAAGAGCAGCAAUGCAGUCCUUUCAAAAUAAAACUGCAAUUCUUGAGGUUUAUACAAAGGCUUACAAGAAAAUGUCCAAGAACUUCAAUCAGAUGCAGGCUAUACAGGAGCAGGUUAACUCAACCAAAUCUAUUGAGAAAGAUGUUAAGGUUCUCAAACUGAAGUUGAGUGACGAGGAAGUACUGGAAAAAUCCCUUGAAGCUAAACUAGUUGAAAGGCAAGGAAAAGCAGACCAAUUGGAAGAAUUAAGAAAGCAAUUAGAGAGAGAAAGAGAUCUUAGUUAUGAGGAGGCUGCCAAAGAAUUGAAAAAUGUAAAGUUGGAAGUGGAAUCAAAGAGGCACGGUCUUGAAGCAAGGCAGAAUGACUUGGAGGGUGUGCUUGCAGAGGUGGAUGCAAUAAAUGAAAAAAUUAAUUCAGUAAGGGAGUCUGGAGCAUCCAAAUGCCAAGAAUUGGGCCGUAAUUGCGAAGAAGUUGUAGCAGAGUUUUAUCGUCACUCAAACUCAAUCAGAGACUUGCUACCGCACAAUUGAAGUGGACCAGGCAGUUAUUGAGAAAAGGAGCUGAUCUUUUAUUAUAUCAUUACAGUGAAGUAGAGCCGUUCUACAGUUACAGUCCCGAAAGAGCGGGAAAACCUUCAUGACUCAGUUUAAGAUCUACAACACGUAAGGCAUGGGUUGUUGCUCAAUUUGAUUUCUGAUAUUGUUGUCUAAAAUUGUCGAUAUUUUUAUACAGUUUGUCUAAAAGGUUCAUCUUUUCCUUUCUUUUUGUCCACCUCACUUUGAGAGGCUUUAGAAUUUUCGGUCUAAUUUAUACAGUAUUACUAGUAGAAAGAAUGGAAGAGAGAGAGAGCAAGCUUUUUAGGA